AUGGCAUCCUGGGAAGACUUCGACGUCACCUUUCAAUUCAACCGGAAUUUUACAUAUGACAAAAAGCUCAUCGAUACGAUCAAUGGCAAUCGUCGGUCAUUGGAAAAUCAACUCUUUAUCGACCGGCUGCUUGGUUUGAUGGGCGUGAAAGCAGGUAUGAAAACUGUGGCAACGAUCAAUGGCGUCGCUAAUCAAGCCCUGAUGACAGUCCAUGAAAGAUAUCCUCCCAAGUCGAAUCAGCACCUCCGAGACUUGUACAAGCAGAUUCUCUCAUCGUCCUUUCCCAAUCAUCAGAAACAAGCCGUGAUAUAUUAUCUCCUCCGAGAUUGUCGCGCAAACGAAGCGCUCGUUCAGUUCCUUCGACGAUGUUCUAUCCCAGACAAGUAUCAGCUGUUCAUCGACGGACUCUGGCAUUUGGAUCGACUUGAAUUCCAGCUGGCUUUGCAGUUUCUCACCGAACCUUCCCUUAUCCCAACAUUUCCCGACGAAAUCCUCUACAUAUUGACCCUACCCAAGCUACCAAAUCAUGACGACUCGUUGGCGAUAGCUUAUUACUUGACGGUUYCCCCGCCACUCGAAACCGAAAAGGCCCAGUCUUCCUAUUUCGAGACCCUCUGUCGCGCAAGCGUUACCGAAGCUUUCUACUUUCUACGCAACUAUGAUGACUCUCGCCGAAGACGGUUUCUGGAGCAGCUAGUUCUAUUCGUCCACAAGAGCCCGGCCGGGAGUCUGAGGGGUCAGCGCGCGAUCGAAUUACUCAACUUACCGUUCGACGAUAAAGAAGAGUCAUGGUUCGAAGAAUAUCUUCUUGGUGGCAAAGUCGCAACACUUUCCGGCGCAAAAGAUACCGUAUUGAUGCGGCGACUCGCGACUGGCAACACGCGAGAUCUUCCAUCGAAGGUGAGAUCGCUUGGUGGACCUAAGAUUGAUGGCAUCAAUUGGGAUGAUCUACGACAAGGCUUUGACAAGGUUGAUUCGCUCUAG